CUAUCUUUCACGCUCACGCACGCCCUUCUCUUUACCUUCCUCCUGGUUGUGCUGACAACCAAUCUCAUCGUCGCAUUCGCCUGCAACUUCGAGAUGCGCAAGGGAUACGGCAUUGCACUCAUCACCGCUUAUGCAGUCUUCCUCACACUGGCUAUCCUCAUUGAGGCGGACGUCAUCACCUCGCCCAAACAGUGGCACUUACUCACGGGCACGGAAUAG